AUAAAUCCAAAUUGGUUGUUAUUUCAAUUUCAUCUUUAUUCUUUGUUUUAUAAAUAGAAUCAUGACGAUUUCAUUCAAAAUUUUCAGCAUUUUAUUAAUCAUUUUGACAGCUAUCAUAUCGAUCCAUGCGAAUAAUGUAUCGAUUGAUAAUCCAGUUAAUAAUCAAGAACAAAAAAUUUCAACAUUUCGUAAUCAUUUUAAACCAUCAUUAGUGAAUGAAAAAAUAGAUAAAGAAGAAUAUGAUAAUUUUCGUAAUGGAUUAAUGUUGAUGCGACAAAAUCGUCAACGUAAUAUGGAUCGUUUAAAUGAUUAUUAUCAACGUUUAUUACGAAAAGGUGCCAGCAAUAUUGAUUUUACAUUUCGUGCAUAUAAUUUUACUACCGGCAUUCAAUUUGAAGAAGAAUUUGAUUGUGAUCUACAUUUAUUAACCGAUUGUGAAUCAAGUUUAUUACGGAAAAUUGAAAUUAUUGAAGGUCGUUUUGUUGUUUUCACUGUAAAUCGUACCGAAGAGGAAGAAGUUUCAUCACAAAUCGAUGUUUUGAAUGUAUGUCGAUCAUUGGAUAAAGAAUUUACAUGUUUAAUUAAUUUUGCUGAUAAAUGUGAAAAAAGAAUGACAUGGUCAUCAUUUAGUAUAUUGAAAUAUGUUAUUACACAGAAUAAUGAAACAAUUGUUUCAUGUAAACAAAAAGAAAUUGAUUGGCUUGGACCAUCGAACGAUGAAAAUGUAAAAGAAAAUGUAUGGAUCGAUCAAAAUGGUAUGAGUCAUUUGAUUAGUAAUUCUCGUGGUCCAUGUAUACCUACACAAGUUAUAUCAAUAUGUUGGACAACAAAUAUGGGUCAGGAUUUUCAAUUUGGUCAUGAUGAAAUACAAACUGGCAAUCAAUGUGAAUCUGUUUAUCAUUUUGAACGUUGUUUGAAAAAAUAUCUUUAUGAAGAGGAUAGUGAAUGUUCAUUGGAUGAAAAAGAAGCUACUGUACAGAUAAUUCUGGGCACAAUUAAAUGGAAUCUAUCACAACAAAAACAUUUGCCAAAAAUUUGCUACGAACUAAAACAUCAAUGGAUACGUAAAAAACAUAUAAUCGGUAUGCAAGAAAACAUCUAUAAUGAUUAUUGGGAUCGUGCAAAACGAUUUGCAUUCAAUUUACGUACAGAUUUUGGCAGUCUUCUUGAUCCUUAUUGUAAUUGGGUGGUGAAAAAAUUUGAUAAACCUUGUGAACGACGUUUUGAUCGUCGUAUUCGUCAAUUAUGGCAUGAAGAAGAUGUAAACGGUGUGCAAUUGGAUUGGCAACGAGAAAGUGAAACGAUUUGUUGUGCCAUUUCUGAAUUCAAACAAUGUGUUUCAAUCUAUGUAUUAAUUCGUUGUGGUAAAGAUUCAUUUCGUUAUUUUAAUAAUCAUUCAAAAAUUGCUCAAUUGAAUCAAUGUAAUAAUCUGGAUUAUUCAACCGAAAUAUGUUCAAUGAGAUUGAAUUUUUGAAAAAAAUUAAAAUUGAAUAACUCAAUUAUCAAUCGACAACGAUAGAUGUCGUUUAUUAUUUAAAAAAAA